UAUAAAAGUUGUUGCUAUUCUCAUGUGGGACAACUACGACGUUGAAAAUAUCCGACGUAAAAAGUGUAUGAAAAAAUAAUUUUUAGAUCCUAUGUUGUAGAAUCAACAUGGAUUAUGGAUAGAGUUUUGGUAUAUCUUUAACGUCAGCGAUCAUUCUUUUACUCUUAACGUCGAUUCUUGAAGCUAAUGUUUUGACAAUUAUUAAAAAGGUUCAAUUAAAAGAAAACAUUCCAAAGUUGUCAAGAUGGAAUUUUUCAUUCUCUGAGCUGUAAAAGUGCUAUAUUUUUUAAUCUUGAAAAGAUGGGAAUACCAGAUUACGGUUUGAUGUUCGACUUACUAGAUACGAGACUGUAUGGCUAUUUAACAGUAGAUCAACUACAAGAUUUUCAAACGCAAGUGUACUCUGUCCCGUUAGACCGUCUCCAGAUCGAGGCCGCUGUGGUUUAUAUAUGUGGACAAAAUUCGCAGCUAAAAUGUAACAAAGAACACUUUGGCAGUGUGAUUGAGGAAAUUGGCAGAAGGGUUUUACUGGAGGAGAGCAUUGCUUGGGACUUUAAAUGUUUAGAUGUGUUAGGUUGUGGAAGAAUCUCACUUAAUUCUGCACUUUUGUUAUUCAAAUGUGUUCAUGGUGACCAAUUCUCACUCGACACUUGGAACAGAUUUGUUUCAUCAAGACAAACAAGUUUUGAGGAUGUAUCAUUUGAUGAGAUCAAGUUGUGGCUUUGUGAUAUGCCCACUGGGGACAUUUUAGAUGAUGUGGUUUUUGAUACUGAGCGAGAAAAGUUGGAAAAUGAGGGUAUUGAAAGACUUUAUGACGACUGGUCUGUUUUGGAAAAACUACAGGAAGAUAGCUCUUUGCUGGCUCAAAGAGAGGCUGAGCGAAACAAAGAAUCACUGCUACUGAAGCAAAAAUCAAGAAAGAGGAUUAGACGUUUGGAGAAGGAAGGACUUAGCGCAAUAUUGUUUGAUCAAGACUCGGAUGUUGAAGAUGAUGAAAUAAGAAAGGGUCGGCAACAAGUUGGUGCUUCCGAUUUGGUUGCACUUUUGAAAUCAAAGUAUGAAACUCUGAGAGAGAAACUGCUUUUGGAGCAAAUCCAACAUGAGACUGGGGAAGGUAUGUGGUUGGCUAUGUCUGAAGGGGAACAAGAAGAAAGAUUGGUUCAUGCAAAACUAAGAGAGAGACGACUUAGUUCAACUGAUGAAGGUUCAUUGGCAUACAGCCAAACUGAAGGAUCAGCACCAAAGGAAUAUCCAAGGAACUUACUGGCUUUGUUAGGCUGUGGAAGAAUAAACCACGAGGAAUCUUUAAAAGAAGAGAAUAAGAGAAGAGAAAUGCUUGAGAAUGAGGGUAAAACAGAUUCAGAGAUCCACAAUCUCCUUUUAAAAGAAUGGCAAGAAAAACUAAAAGGCAAGGUUGACAGUGAACGAAUGUUAAAUGAUCUUUGUCUUCGUUAUCAAAACGAGAAAGAUGCGUUAAAAAGGAGAUUGAGAGGAGAACAUGACGUCAUGACGGUAUCUCAACGAUUGCAAGAAUAUAAAUUGUUGUUCAGAGAGCAUCUGAAGGCUUCACUAGAGUCCAAUUUUGAAUCGGCAUGUCUUGUAAUUGGUGUCGCUGAAACUAUCGUUAAUGGCAAUGAAAUUGACAAAUUUCAUUUUGGCAGGGAACUUCAGCACAACCUGUCAGAUCGUCUACUGACCGAGCGACGAGGGCAUAGGUUACCCAGGGAAAUAAAACAAUCGGAGUUGGUAUAUCAUCAGCACGAGACAGGUCUUGUUGAACUGUGUGAAGAUGUAAUCAAAGCUCUAGAGAGAAAACAUCGAGCUGAAAUGGAAAUGAUGGUGUAUCUGUUGCAAGGGAAAGAUGCGAGUGAGACUAGAGCUUAUUUCAGGAAAAUGACCAACGAGGAAAGGGAGAAUCAGUUCGUCGUGCUUAAGACUCAAAGACAAGGCUGGAGAAAUCGUAGUUCAGAAGAGAAGCUGGUAAACAAAUCUUUUCAUUUGAAGCUGUUACAAGAAGCCGUCAGCAUUGUGUGCGUCAAUCAGCGCUUGGAAAUGAAAGAACCUGGGGCAGAAAGAGAUGUUGCCACAACAUUGUUAGCGAAACUGUUGCAUCAGCAAGAGUUAGAUGCCGAAACGCUAUUGGCUACGAGAGACCACUCUGACCAGACUUCAGAUGAAUUGCUACGAAUUCGUCAAGAACAAGAGCAAAUGUACCAUGAAGAAUGGCUGGAUAACCUCUCGGCCGUCGUCCUGGGCACUAGUGACGUCACACGUCUGGAGGAUGGCAUCAUUAAAUUGCUUGAGGCCAAGUAUGAUAGCAUCAGACAUAAAGUACUCGAGGAAGCUCUCAGAGAUCAAAUAGGACCCAAUCAAUGGGAAACAACUUCCGUGAGCGAGAGAUACAAUCUUGUCACAAAAGCCAAAGUGAGUGAGAAGAAAUAUCGUCUUCAGAAGAGAUUCAGUGGAGCUUUGAAACUGCUUGGAGAAGGAUUUACUGACAGUGAAAAAUUUUUGUUAUAUUUGGGCGAAAAUCGUCAAAGAUUUAUUGAAAACCUAAAGGCUGUUUUAGAAAAGCGGAAAAGCUGUUUAAAUGAAGGUCUCGAAAUAGAAAAUGUAAAUUCUAGAAUCGAGGAGAAAGGUUUCAAAUCAUCUGGAAACCUUUGGAAAGAUCUUGACGAGCGCUACAGAAAUGAGAAAUAUUUACUGGUGAAAUGGUUGCAGGAAGGAGGUAGUGGCCCUCGUGAAGUGAAUGACACAACAGUAAGACUUCAACAACAAAAACGGCUUUCAGAGCAAGAACCAAACAUGCUUUGUGCUCUUCUGGUGUUGGGUUUGUCUGAGAGACACAGAAGAUAUGAAAAUGAACAAUUGGCACAAGAUGAUGAAAGAAGACGUUGGCUUGCUGAGGAACGCUUUGUUUUAGCGCGUUUAGCUGGAGGAAAAGAUAAAGAAAUUGAAGACGCUGAGCCAAAUAAAGAUGUGUUGAGCGAAUGGAUGGAUGCUGUUUUGAGAGAAAUUGAACGUAAACACAGAAUGGAACAACGAUUUUUCUCCCUUCUGUUACUUGACGAUGCUCUUAAUGAUCUCCGUGGCGAAGCGAGAGAAAUAUCUGAGGAUGAAAGACAGAAAAGAUUAACGGAGUUGAAAGACGAAAGAGAUGGUCUUGACUUAGAUGAGAAAGGUGAUCAGGAUAUGAAUCACACGAUUCUGGAAAUGGGCUGUGCGUUUAAAAUUGAAAGUCGUCGCUUUAGGAUGAAAAACAGGCAGAGAGAAAAUAGAGUGACUGAUGAGUCUAUCUUUGUUUCAAUGAUAAUGGACUUACAAAAACGUCAGAGUGAUGAAUGUGAAGAAAUGUUGGAGAAAAUCCUCGACAUGUCUAAAGAAGAACUAGCAGCAGCGAGAGUGAAAGAAAUCCAGUCUUACAAAUCAGAACAUAUGGAAAAUAUUGCCGCGGUAUUGUUAUGUUAUGAUGGCCUGGGAACGAAUGAUGAAAUACUUCAAGCACUCGAGAAUAAAUAUGAUGCAUUAAAAGAUAAACUACUCUUGGAAGCUCUCAAGAAACAACUAGGUGAAGAUGAGUGGAAGAGAUUGUCAGAGAGAGAACGCCAACUCCGUUUGAUGAAAAUGAAGUUGGAGGCGAAACGUUUGCAAAGAGAGAACAAACUUGAUGAAUUAGCCAAGCUGCUGGGAGGUGGCUUCGCGGCUGAUGUCAAUUUGAGAAAGUUACUUGGAGAAAACCGAGAUAAGUACGAGCAACAACUUCGGGAAAGACUCGCUCGUCGUCGUGAAAGGCUCGCAAAAGGAUUACCACCAGAGGAUGACGACGAAGAGCUGAGUAAUAUGGAAGAAAUGGAUGGAAAGAGUUUGCUUGAAAGUCUUGAUAAAAGAUUUGAAGAAGAGAAGGACGCAUUAAUGGCGAAAUUACUUGGAGCUAACAAUCAAUUUUUGAGUGAGCGAGAGCGUCAAGCAUUGCUCGCGAGAUUGAAACGAGAGAGGCUGAAAGCGAGACUUGAGGAGAAGUUUGGUUCAGCUGCUCUUGUUCUUGGACUUGCUGAAAGACAGCGCAAAGAUGCAGAAGAAAGGUUGAUGUCAGACCGAGCAAGACAUGAGCAACUAGCACGACAGCGGCUUGAAGAACGAAGAAAUAGAAAGAAACAGAAGAGCCUGAGUGAGGACGACCUUAUCAAAGAAGGAGAUAACGGUUUAUUACAAGAAACUGUUUUGAAAUUCCUGGAAAAUAAACAUUGCGAGGAAAGAGACGUAUUAAUAAAGUUACUUGAGAACGAAGACAACAGUUUGCAUGAUCUUGCUCAGUCGAUGACAUCCGAACAACGAGAGGAACAUGUUCGCGACCUUAAAUCCAGGAAGAAUGAUUUGAACAAAGAUAAUGUUGACGAGCAUCGCCAAAUCUUACAAGAAGCCGCCAUAAUGAAGUUGACAUCACGACAGAGAAAUCUUGAACUGCAGAGACCUGGGGAAGAUGUUUCAAAAAAUGACGUCAUUGUUACGUUAUUAGCUGACCUUCAACAGGAACAAGAUAAAGAAAGUGAAAUAUUAAUGUCACUCUUGCCUGAUAAGGACAAGGCAGAACUUAUAAAUUUACAAACGCGGUUACUGGCCGAAGCUCAGUCGGAUGUCCGAAAUAACCUGAUGACUGUAUUCGGAAACCCCGAACAGAUUACGAGCGUUGGCGAAGAACAGUUACUGGACGCUUUAGACUCCAAGUACGAUACACUCAGAGAUAAACUGUUGUCUGAGGCGUUGAUGAAGGAAAUGGGAGCUGCUGAAUGGCAGGCGUUGAGUGAACAAGAGAGACAGGCUAAACUUGUUAAAAUGAAACUUGAAGAAAGACGACUAAGAAGAGAAGGUAAGCUUGACGAACUUCAGGCCCUUCUUGGAGCGGCUUUUGAUGCUGAGAAGAACCUGAAAGAUAUCAUGGGUCAAAAUAAGGCAAAAUACAAGGAAAGAAUGAAAGAGAAACUUGAGAAAAGACGACAGAGAUUAAAAGAAGGCAUGAGUAAAGAUGAAGUCGCUAAAUUGGAGGCUGAAGAAGACAAACAGUUUGAGGAAGAAUUAAAACAAGAUGCGAACGUUAAUCCUUUGCUGAAAUUAGUCCAAAACUACGAUAAAGAGAAAGAAGCAUUGCUGCAGGCUUUACGAAAUAAGGAGGGACGUUUUGCAAGUGAACGAAGUCGCCAAGCCGAGUUAGCAAGAUUAAGACGAGAAGAAAGGAAGGCGAGGCAUGAGGACAAGUUUGAUACCGCUGCCCUUGUUCUUGGUCUAGCACAGGCGCAGAAAGCUAACUUGGAAGAAAUUCAAAAGAAAGACAGGCUGCGACAGGAGAAACUAGCGCGGGAACGUCUAGCGGCUCGACGGAAAAGGAAAACUGAUGAAGUGGAAAAGGAACUAAGAGAGAAAGAACAGGAACAACUUGAGGAGAUCAGCGACAAAGAAAACCUCGUUGCUUUACAGGAGGCGGUUUUGAAAGAACUCGAGAAAAAACAGGAGUGUGAGCGAGAGGUUUUGGAGAAAUUACUGCAGGAGGAACAGACGAGCGAACUUCGAAAAAAGACGCAAAAGAAAACUAAAGAGAAAAGGACAGAACGUCUAACUGAGCUUAAGGGUCUGCGUGAACAAUGGCGGGAUGCAGGGGCAGAUGGUACAGCAGAGUCUGUCGCAGAACAUGACGUCAUAUUGAGAGAAGCCGUUUGUUUGAAUAUCAUUAAAAUUCGAGAGGAAAUGAAGGAGAAUGAACGAGAUGUGAAGGACGAAGAUGUUCAUGUUGCCAUUUUGGCCAACCUGCAACAAAUCCAAGAUCAAGAAGCCGAGAUUUUGCUAAGAGAUUUAUCGGAGAAGUCUAAUACGACGUUAACGCAGCUUCGUGCGGUCCAACAUCAAGCUAGACGACACCGCUGGUACGAUAACAUUGCGGUCUCAUUACUUGGGCAGAGAACCCACGGACAUAAACCCGUCUCGGAUAAUGUACCCUCGGAAGAAGAGCUUCUUGGAGCGCUGGAGGAAAAGUAUGAUGCACUAAAAGAUAAAUUGAUAGCAGAAAGUUUGAUGAACGAGCUGGGAGCAUCUGUGUGGGAGAAACUAUCAGAGAGAGAAAGACAAGCAAAGAUUAUGAAAAUAAGAUUACAAGAAAAGAAAUUGAGGCAAGAGGGACGCAUUGAUGAGGCCAACAGAUUAUUUGGCGAGGGUCUGGAACACGAAGCCAGUCUUUCCAAAUUGAUGGGUGAAACAAAAGCGCAACAAAAAGAUGCAUUAAAACGUCGCUUGCAGAAAAUACGGGAACAUAAAGCUGCCGGGAUAGAAAUAACGACAGAGGAAGCUCAACUUCUGGAGGAUGAAAAUGAGGAGGAAACAAUUGAAGAGGAAGUUACCACAGGGGAUGUGUUGAACGAUUUGCAGUCGAGGUAUGAGGAGGAAAAGAAAGCGUUGCUGGCGUCAUUAAGAAAUCAAGAUAAGAAAUUCAACAGUGAGCGACAUCGUCAACUUGAACUGGCAAAGCUAAGGCGGGAACAGAAGAAAAUUGCAAAGGAAGAUAAAUUUGACGCGGCUGCGUUAGUCCUGGGGAUAGCAAAACAACAAGAGGCUGCCCGUGAAACAAGCUACCGCAAAGACCGCGCACGCCACGAAAAACUUGCACGAGAACGUCUGGCCGCACUCAAGGCAAGACGUGCUGAAAAAGAAGCCGCCUUAGUUUUGUCAAACGAUGAAGAACAACGACUUGCAAUCGAGGCUAAACUACAUGAAGAACAAGAGAAAGAAAAGGAUAUUUUAUCUCAGGAGGCUCUGGAACUACAGCAGGGAGGUAUUGUUGCUGUACAAGAAGCCAUCUUUAAAGAAGUUGAGAAGAAACAUUCCAUUGAGAUUAAGAUGCUGAGCGAAUUACUUGAUGUUAGCGAAAGUGAUGCUGACGCAGUAGCUGCAGCCAGCUACCUUAACAACAAGCAACGAGAUCAGAAAAUGGCAGAUCUUUAUCGUGACUUUAAGGAGUGGAAAACUGCAACUGUUAGAGCUUCGAAGAAUGCGGGUUUAGAUCUUAUGUCAAAGGAGGAGAAAGAGGAAAACGUCUUGCGAGCAGCAGAUCGCCAAAUGAAAUUGAUGAGAAUUUUAAAGGAUGGAAUUGUUCUUAAAGUAAUGAAUGUGAAAGAUGAAUUAUCAAACAAGGAUAUUCCGGAGCCGAAGCUGAAAAAUGAGGUUGGUGUGUUGUUGGUUGCUGAUCUUCAGGAGAAGCAGAGUACUGAGAAUAGAGCUGUGGAGAACAUUCUCGCUGGAAAGGAAGAUGCUGUCUUGAAUCUUAUCAAAGACGAACAGCGACGCAUCAGACAAGAAUGUAUCGUUGAUAAUUUAGCUGCCGUUAUCUUGCAGAAGGACCAGGAAAUUUCGGCUGGAGAGAAUAGUGAAGUGACUGAAGUAGAAAUGGAAAAUGAUAGACAGCUCGCCGAAAUGGAAGCUGAACUGGAAGAAGAAAAAAAGCGCAGAUUUUUAACUGGGGCCAGUGAGGCUGAAAUAAAUGCUGCGUUGAGCGAGCUAAAAAGACAACAAGAGCGUAAAAAACAAGCAUUAAAUGAGACACUCGAACGUCAACGCAAUCUUGCUAAAGCAAAGCUUGAGGCAAAACGAAGGCGUCGUGACGAUAAACAAUAUGAGGAAGAUAUUGCCACGUCAUUACUGAUGAUGGCUGAACAAGAGUCAUCCCUGGUGCGAGAGAAAACUAUGAUACAACGAUCAAAACAAGGAGAAUCACUUCAAGAAAGGCUAGCUCGUCGUCGGGAAGAACGCGCUAAGCGUAAAGCUCAAGAGGAGAUCGAGAGAAACGAAGAGCAAAAUAAGAGAGACAGAAAAGAUGAAAAUGAUGAUGAACGUCCUAAAGCUGCUAGCGCUGGACGAGUUCUUGAGAAAACUGAGAAAUUGAAGGGAAGAAAAUCCAGUUUACCGGAUGGAUUCAGUAUGAAGCGGGAAAAGACAGUUGUUGAUGUUGACGUAUCUGAAGAUAAGAAGAAAGAAAUUGUUGGUUCUUUGCUUCGUGAACACACGACAUUUGGAAUGGGAAUAGAACGAGAGAGAAGGCGACAAGAGGAUAUUCUCAAGGAGCGACGAAUGAAAAAGAAAUCCACUGUCGUAGCCGCUGCAGCCACCAUCGUUGGCUUAGGAGAGAGACAGAAAACGAUGGUUGAGCAAAAGAGAAAGGAGGAGCGCGAGAGACAACAAACGAUGAUUCGUGACAGAAUCCAGCGUGUACGUCAUGAACGGACGAUGACAAUGAGAGAACCUGGAUCCUCCGAGUCUAGAGGAUUUGAUCACAUCCUAACACAGGAGGAAGCUGAAGGCUUAAAUCCCGAGGAAAGAAUGAAAUUAAUUGCUGCCAAAAUGGAGCAAAAAUUUAAAGUAGAAGAACGACGAGUCAGUACAACGCUCCAUUCUCCUCCCAUUCUACCAUCGUACUCUGGCAUUGAGGAGGAAGGUUUCAGCGGUGAUGACAGAAAAUCCAUACGUCUAGACGCGAAAGGAAAAGAGAAGAAACUAAAAGAACGUUUAGCUGCAAGAAAGAAGGCGAAGAGGGGGGAGAGAUCGACUGAAGGGACCUCUGGGACAUCUGGGGAUGAUCCAACUGUAUGAUUCAGCUUCGAGCCUGAACCGAGAUUAUGUCCCGGGGCCUUCUUACCCUCUCAACUUCGUCACUUAUAACCUGUAUUAUUCACUUUUAACCGUUAUUUAACUAAGCACAAACCUUCACAACCAAUAUCAUCAUCCAAUUUUCACAAAACCCAAUGAAUGGCCACAGUCUUCAUUUAUCACCGCAUAUAAGCUGAUAUACCUUGAGUAGCUCAACCAAUCAGAUCGCAUAACCACCCAUAUACAAGUUAUAAAACUGAUAUAAAUAAAUAACUAAAUGAAAUGUUUAUGAAAUUCUUAGAUAAAAUUCUCGACUUGGAUCGACAUCGUCUUAGGUAGUUAAAGUUGUAAUAAUUUCCUUAAUUAUGUAUAAAUCCUUAUAUAACUACAAUGCUGGCGAUAAAACACAACUAAACAUAAAAGAAGGACAGACGUUCGAGUAUAAAGAUAUUUGCAACGAACACUGGUGGUCAAUGCGAUGUAAUGAAACUGGGCAAGUCGGUCUUGUUCCUGUAAGUUAUUUGACUGAAGUAACGCAGGGAAUAAACACGGUAAGCUUUGGUUCAUAAUCUCAAAGGGUUUUUGCUUAUUAACAAAAUUUCAAACUUUGCAAGUUAAUAUUUGAAAAUAUGCUAAACAUCUAAAAUUUCCGCGGAAAAUGAGCCUAAUUUGUUAUUGAAUUUAUGUCACUGGACAAAUUAUAUAAAGUCGCAAUGAAUCAGAGUCGUGACAUUCAAAUUGAAAAUUCGUCAGCAAUAUAAACGGUCACAGGGAAAAUUGGCUUGAAGAUUGUUUGUUGGGAAAAUGUAUUUUCGAGUUUGGGGAACUUUUUGAGGAAGGAAAGAACUCUGUGCUUGUGUCCAUUGACCGAGCAAUUGACGCAAUUCACCAAACUUCAAGUAAAUCUGGAAAGCUUGACCACAGGAA